AUGAAUUCACCAAAUUCUAACCAUCAUUGUUUACUUCGUCACGAUCCUGUUACUGCACGUGCCAUUUCACGUUUAAGUCAUGGAGUUGCUCGUUUGACUGCAAGCCUUAAUCCCGAUAGACAGUAUCGACAUUUUCGUACCAGACACGCAAAAUCCAGGAACAGAACUGAAUCAGAAUCUACAUUGAACGACCGCCAAUCUAUUACAACAGGUUCAAAACGUAAAUGGCAACCGGAUAAAAUUGAACUGGAUACAAUCAUGGAAUUGGAACAUUCCACAGCUGUUUGUUUGAAACCUAUGCAAUCACCACCAUCGUCGUUAUUAUUAUCAUCGUCAUCAUCAAACAUGGAAUCAUUACAGCAUGUAUCCGUAUCGAUAGACGCUUUAAAUUUACAAACUAAACCAAUUCCACCCUUUUCUUGUUCGAAUUCUAUAUUGUAUAAAUCACUAAGCUCCGAUCAUAUUGAAGCCGUGGGACGUUAUUCUUCAGGAUCGUCAAUGCUUUCAGUCACUGGAUCAUCAGAUAAUAAUUCUGAGAGUGAUGCUUCGUCACAUGAUGCUGACAUUGAAGAUGCAGAUCAUGGCGACUUAAUCUGUUUCAAAGGUGGUAGAUCGUUGACAAGAAUUAGUAGACGUAAAUCAUCUAUUCUCGAUAAACAUUCUUAUGAAUUAUGGAGACCAAUGGAUACUGUGUAUCAUGCUUCUGGGGGAGGCGGUGAUUCAUCGGACGGCCUGUCAAUAAAUAUUAAAAUUCCACGAUUAACAUCAAUACACUUACAUAAUACAACUGGAUUAUAUUGUGAACAUUCAUCGUCUAGGUUAUCACCGGUUAUCUCAUCUAGUUAUCAACAAACUAAAAGAAAUACUAUCAGUGGUAUGUUAGCCUCUUCAUCAUCUGAUACGAAUCAUUGUCGCCGUGGUCGUCGUAACAAGAAAUGCAAGUGUAGACCGCGAAAUAAGAGUGAUACUACUGAUGAUAAGCAUGGAGAACAUAUCUGUCAUAAAAGUUGUAUCAAAAAUGGCUCACAUUCUUCGUCUAGUUCAUCAUUGUCAACUGAAGAAUCAUCCGAUGAGAAACGUUCGAAAGGUUUCAUUGCAUACAAACAUCGAUUCACCUCUAUACCGGAACAUCAGAACACUUGUGAUACUGAUAUGAUGAAUGUGACUUGUCGUAAUAAAAAAACUAUUCAAAAAAUCAUCAAAUCACCAUCUACCACAACAGAUAACAAUCGUUGUAAAACAGUUGUUGAUCCGUUCAGUUCAAAAUAUCAGUUAGAUGAUUCAACUAAUUCAACUCUAAAUGAACCAGUUGAUCCGGAACUGGUUAAUCUUUUACAUGGAACUUGGCCAUUAUUAAGUAAUAGAGCAAAAUUAAAUUAUACAAAAGCAAUGAAUUUAUCUAAUUCAAAACGAUAUCCUAAUUUAAAAAAACGCAAUACACCUAAUCAUCAUAAAAUGAAAGAGGAUUCAAAAUCUAUUCAACAAAAUUCAAUUAAAUUUCUUCCAUCUAAAUUCAAUCAAUUUUAUAUACAAAAUGAUUCAAUAUGUAAGACUGAUAAAUCUAACUGUCAAAUGCCUACACCUCCAUGGAUGAUUAGUGACAAUGAGUCAUUACGGGAUUCUGAUGAAUUUGACUCUGAUCAUAAUAAAAAAGUACACACUCCCUGUGUGAACAAUCAACGUCCAUGUAUUGACAAUUGGAAAGCAGAAGUGUCCCAUGCUAAACCAUUAAACGAGACCAAUAAAGGUCAUCGUUUAUUGCAAAAACUUGGUUGGAAACCUGGUGAUAAAUUAGGGCAAAAUGUUUACAUUAUCAUUAUACAUAGUAAUCAUAAUAAUAAUAAUUAUUAUUAUUCACCUAAUAUGUUAUGUCCAAGUGGUUAUUGGCCAGCUAAAGUAAAUUUAACUGGUGGUCAUUAUAAAACUGAUCGAACAUUUGAAUUACUUUAUCAUUCUAAUGCUAAAUUACCUAUAUGUCAAUUUUGUCCAAAUGUUGGCUGUUUUAUUGUACGUUUAUCAACAAUAGAAACAAAGAAAAGUUCAUCAAUUAAUAGUGUCAAAACAACACAAUCAUCAUUGAUACCUACCACUACUACUACUACUACUAGUAGUAGUAGUAGUAGUAGUAGUAUUUCGACUAUUCAAUCAACUAUAAAUGAAACAGAUUCAAGUUCUAUGAAUAAUAAUAUAACUGGAGCAAAUGAUUUCAAUGAAACUAUGGAACAAACUAUUCAUGAUGCUUUAUAUAUGUCAUGUGAUCAUUGGAAUAAUUUACCAUCACCUACCGAUAUAAUUAGUUAUUUAGAUUGUGUUAUGAUUGGUAAUAAUGAUCAAUUUUAUUUAUUUAUAUAUGAACCAAGAUUUCAAGAAUAUUCAUUACCACCAGUGGAUUGUAUAGAUGCAGAUUUUUUAGCAUGGAUUAAAAAUGAUAGUGAAUUAUUAGGUUUAGAAUUAGGAUUUCGUAUGAAAACUAUACCACCAUUUUUAUUUCGUUAUUAUCAACGUAUAAUGCAAUUAACACAAUAUAUAUGUAUUGAUGGAAGAAGUUUAAUAAAUAAUUCUAUACCAUUUGAAGAUACUGAACGUUUUGCUAGUAAUAAAUUAACACAAGUUGUAUUUCGUUCAUUAACUGGAUUAAAAAGAGAACGUUUACCACCAAAACCAAUUGAUAUACAUCAUAUAACAGAAUUUCAAAGUGAUGAAGAAGUUCAAUCAUGUCCAUUUAUUGUUCAACAUAAAUCAGCUAAUAUUACAUCAAAUGUUGAUUGUCAAUUUUCACCAGGUGGUUUACCAACUACAUCGGAUAAAGUUAGCUCACAUCAAGCAUUAGAACGUUGUCCAUUUCGUCGAUUAACGACAAAUACAUUACAGACAAGACGAAGAAAGACCAAUAAUCCAAUGGAAGAAGAAAUAUAUUUACCACCUUCUGUGUUAUCAGCUUGUUUAUUAAUUGUUGUACUAUUAUUAACCAUUGGUAUAAUUAUUGCAUUCUGUAUAAUUAAUCAUGAAAAAUUAAUGUUAUGUAAAUCACGUAGUAGGAAACGACGUGAACGAGAAGCUGCACUUGCACAAGAGAUGGAUGAAAAAGCUGCUAAAGAAGCUGCAGCUGCCGCUGCUGCAGCAGAAGCUGAACAACAACAACAACAAGCAUCAACAAUACGACAUCCUAUUUAUGCUAGAUAUGGUAUGAUACCACCGAAUAUGGGUGGUGCAUUCGGUGCAUUUGCUCCAGCAUAUCAAACAAUGACAGUUAAUAUGAAUAUGCCUAGUAAUGUAGUAAGACAAAAUCAUGGAUUCAAUGGACCAAUGUGA